AUGGCCGAUAAUGUCCUGGACUCCGGCCCGCCUUCAGCCAAGAGGCCAAAGCUGGCCUCUCCAGCUCUCUCUGUGUCUGCAAGUGAUGGAAACGAUUUUGGCUCGCUCUUUGACCUUGAGCACGACCUACCGGAUGAGCUAAUCAGCUCCUCAGAUCUAGGGCUGACCAAUGGUGGGGACAUCAACCAACUCCAUACCAGUCUUGGAGGGAUUGGUAUGGGAGGCCAGGAUGCUGCAGCAAAACACAAACAGUUGUCUGAACUUCUACGGACUAGUGCACCAUCACAGCAGGGUGGCCCUACUUCCAACAGUACGGGACCUGGGGCUUCCAUGGGCAUGUUAGGAGCUGUCAACAUCUCCCCUGGCACACCUCAAGGAAUGCCCCCCCAGGCCCAACAGCAGCAACCUGGUCUAAUGCAGCAGGUUGGGAUGGUUGGAGGGGUGGCAUCGUUGAAUCGGGCCACUGCCAUGUUGGGUGCCCAGAGGGGCAGCAACGGACAGCAACAGCAAGGCUUGAUGGCGGGUCAUGUGAUGAACGGCUCAUCAAGAAUGGGUUACCCUGGCAGUGCCGGCAUGGGUAACAACAGUAAUCUUUUAGCCGAAACACUACAGCAACAGCAGGGUGGUCAGCAAAUGGGGUCCAGUGGCCAGCCAGGGAUCCGACCACAGCAGCCAGGAGCACUGAACAAGAUGAAUAUGAUUGCCAAUGCGGGCCCCUAUGGUGGUCCCUAUGGUCAGUCUGCUGGCCCUGGGAUGCCUGGAGCAGGGCUGAGCCCACAACUCCAGAAUAAGGCUGGAAUGCCCAACAAUAUGGCCAGCCAGUUUAACAUGGACAAGAAGGUGCCAGCGAGUCAAGGCAUUCCUGGAAUGACACCUCAGCAGCAGCAGCCUCCAGGAAUUGGCGGAGCAGCAGCAGUGGGAGCGGCUCAGGUUGGACUGGGUGCUGUAGGGGCAGGUCCCUGCACAGGGCCUCCUACAGCAGACCCGGAGAAGCGUAAGCUUAUUCAGCAGCAGCUGGUUCUCUUGCUCCACGCACAUAAGUGCCAGAGAAGAGAGCAGGCUAACGGGGAAGUAAGGCAGUGCAACCUGCCUCACUGUCGGACCAUGAAGAACGUACUUAACCACAUGACUCAUUGCCAGGCUGGCAAAUCUUGCCAGGUGGCGCAUUGUGCCUCAUCAAGACAGAUCAUCUCACAUUGGAAGAAUUGCACGCGACAUGAUUGUCCUGUAUGCCUGCCUUUGAAAAAUGCUGGAGACAAGAGGAACCAGCAAUCUCUUGUCAGCAGUGCAGGGCUUGGUUUGGUGAACUCUUUAGGUUCAGGAGUACCGGGUGGACAGUCUACUACUCCAAAUCUGAACCCGCCAAAUCAGAUUGACCCAAGCUCAAUUGAGAGGGCCUAUGCUGCGCUUGGUCUUACUUACCAGGGCAACCAGAUGCAGCCGCAGCCACCCCAGGCCAACAUGCAAAACCAGGGGAUGCAAGGGCAACCUGGAAUGAGGAAUCUGAAUGUCAUGGGUGGAAACUCAAUGGGAGUGAAUGGUGGUGUGCAGCCCCCUAACCAUCAGGCGUCCCUGCUACCAGACGCUAUGUUGCAAAACAGUAUGAAUGCGCAAAGUUUGAUGAAUGAUGGUGUGGGGAGCCUGGGAUCCCUACCUACUGCAGCUCCUCCUUCUGCAGCCAUGAGGAAGUCUUGGCAUGAAGACAUCACACAAGACCUGCGUAACCACCUUGUGCAUAAACUGGUUCAGGCCAUAUUUCCCACUCCUGACCCAGCUGCUCUGAAGGACCGGCGGAUGGAAAAUCUUGUGGCAUACGCUCGAAAAGUCGAGGGGGACAUGUAUGAGUCAGCCAAUAGUAGGGCGGAGUACUACCACCUUCUGGCAGAGAAGAUAUACAAAAUCCAAAAGGAACUUGAGGAGAAGAGGAGGACACGUCUCCAAAAGCAGGGAAUGAUGCCAGGGCAACCUGGCUUGGCCUCAUCCGGCUUUCCGCAGGGCCCUCUUGGCCUGGGUCAGCCACCCAUGGCCCCAGGACAACCUCCAAAUGGUCCUCAUGCUGAUCCGUCCAUGAUACGACCUGGAGGACCAAAUCAGAUGCCUAACAGGAUGCAGAGCCCAGGAGGAAUGAACCAGUUUGGCCAAAUGGGGAUGCAGUCAAUGGGUCAAAGGUCAACACCUCCUCUUCCACUCAGUGCUCCGAUGAACCAGAUGGGGAUCGGAUCAGCAAGGAUGGGUCAGCCAAAUGCCACGCAAUUACAGAAUCAGUACCAUUCACCAGGCCAGUUUCCUGGGUCUAGCCCUGGUCUUGGUUCUGGUCCUGUUGGUGUCAACCAGCCAGGAUCACAGGCUGCCGUGCCGCUGCAGAACCAGAUGUCAACCCCGCCUUCGCUACCAGCCGGCAGCCCUUCAACCCAGUCUGCCACCCCUGCCCCGGGGUCUGCAGCCUCAGGUGGCUCCAUGGGGACUGGUGGUGUCUGUGGUUCAGGGCCUCUGCCAAACUUGCCUCCAUCCUCCACGCCAAACCAACCCAGCACAUUUCCUCACUGUCCACCUAUCCGAACAAACUCUCCCUCACCAGCACGCAGCUUAACGCCUCAACCUCAUCAGACUACUCCCACAUUACCUCGUUCUCAGACACCGCAGCCACAGACCCCGAGUACACCCCAGUUGCCUCCUCAGAAUCAACAGCAAGCGUCGCAGCCGCAGCAACUACAGGGGCAUCCGGGGAGCUCCGAGAAGGCGAAUCAGCUUCCGCAGCAGACCCUUGGGGGUGCUACUACCUCAGGCACCCAGGCCGGUCAGGCUUCAUCAGUGCCUAUACAGAAUGCACACGUGCCACUGCAGCUGCCACCCACCCCACUAUCUCCUAAGCCACCUGUAACAGCAGACGGUCAGGUGUCAUCACCAGCCUCAGUCAGCAGCAGCACUGAUCCAAAUUCCCAGCUUGCCCCGCAGGAAGGCCCCGCACCUGUCGAAGAGGACAUCAAAAUGGAAGUGAAAAAACAGGAGGAAGAGGAGGAAGACAGCGAGGAACCUCAAGGGGAUGGCAAGUCUCUGGGGAAGACGGGAAAAGUUGAGCCUGACGUUAAAGCGGAGGAGAAGGUUGAGAUGAAGAAAGAGAACUUAACAGAAGAUGGGUGUAAAGCGGAGGCUAUGGAUACAUCGUCCUCCUCUGCGUCUUUGUCAGUGGAAACUGUGGACGACAAGAAGCCUGAGGUUAAAAAAGAGCCCAAAGAGCUAGAGGAGGCAUCAGCAGCCUCUCCAGCCAGCACUCUGAGCAAGAAGAAAAUCUUUAAGCCAGAGGAGCUGCGUCAAGCUCUGAUGCCCACCUUGGAGGCCUUGUACAGGCAGGACCCAGAGUCCCUUCCCUUCCGUCAGCCGGUGGACCCCCAGUUACUGGGAAUACCCGACUACUUUGACAUCGUGAAGAACCCCAUGGACCUGUCAACAAUCAAGCGGAAACUGGACACUGGGCAGUACCAAGAGCCUUGGCAGUAUGUGGAGGAUAUCUGGUUGAUGUUCAAUAAUGCCUGGCUGUACAACCGCAAAACAUCGCGCGUGUACAAGUAUUGCUCUAAGCUGGCUGAGGUGUUUGAGACGGAGAUCGAUCCUGUCAUGCAGGCUUUAGGAUAUUGCUGUGGAAGGAAGUUUGAGUUUUCACCCCAAACUCUAUGCUGCUAUGGAAAACAAUUAUGCACCAUCCAGCGUGAUGCUGCUUAUUUUAGCUACCAGAACAGGUACCACUUCUGUGAGAAGUGUUUCAACGAAAUCCAGGGCGAGAGCGUUUCCCUGGGUGACGACCCAUCCCAACCUCAGACGUCCAUCAACAAAGAUCAAUUCCAGCGAAAGAAGAAUGACACUCUUGACCCUGAGUUGCUUGUGGAAUGUACGGACUGUGGUCGUAAAAUGCACCAGAUCUGUGUCCUACAUAAUGAAACCAUUUGGCCCUCGGGCUUUGUGUGUAGCAACUGUCUCAAGAUGGCCAAUAAAACACGGAAAGAGAACAAAUAUGCAGCUAAAAGACUUCCCCAGACCAAGCUCGGAAGCUAUUUGGAGACACGAGUGAAUGACUACAUCAAACGGCAAAACCAUCCUGAGGCUGGCGAGGUCACCAUUCGUGUGGUCCAUGUAUCUGACAAAGUGGUUGAGGUCAAACCAGGGAUGAAGUCCAGGUUUGUGGACAGUGGCGAGAUGUCAGAAUCUUUCCCAUACAGGAUGAAAGCCUUGUUUGCUUUUGAGGACAUUGAUGGCGCAGAUGUGUGUUUUUUUGGAAUGCACGUUCAAGAGUACGGCUCUGACUGCCCCCCUCCCAACCAGAGACGAGUGUAUAUCUCUUACCUGGACAGCGUUCACUUCUUUAAACCUCGACACCUCAGGACCGCUGUCUAUCAUGAGAUCUUGCUUGGUUACCUGGAAUAUGCAAAGAGACUAGGGUUUACAACAGGUCAUAUCUGGGCGUGUCCUCCCAGUGAGGGCGAUGAUUACAUUUUCCACUGUCACCCUGCGGACCAGAAGAUCCCCAAGCCAAAAAGACUGCAAGAGUGGUAUAAGAGGAUGUUGGACAAGGCGGUCGCUGAGCGCAUUGUCCAUGACUACAAGGACAUCUUCAAACAGGCAACGGAGGACCGCCUGACCAGUGCAAAGGAGCUGCCAUACUUCGAGGGAGACUUUUGGCCCAACGUGCUAGAGGAGAGUAUCAAAGAGCUAGAGCAAGAAGAAGAGGAGAGGAAGAGGGAGGAGAACAGUACCUGCAAUGAGAGUACUGAUGCUACAAAAGGAGACAGCAAGAAUGCCAAAAAGAAGAACAAUAAAAAGACGAGCAAAAACAAGAGCAGCUUGAGCCGAGCCAACAAGAAGAAGCCGGGAAUGCCCAACGUCUCCAAUGACCUGUCCCAGAAACUGUACGCCACUAUGGAGAAACAUAAGGAGGUCUUCUUUGUCAUCCGACUCAUUGCUGGCCCCACUGCCAACUCAUUGCCACCCAUCACGGACCCUGACCCUCUGAUGGCCUGUGACCUGAUGGACGGCCGUGAUGCCUUCCUGACGUUGGCGAGGGACAAGCACCUUGAAUUCAGCUCUCUCAGGAGGUCCAUGUGGAGUUCUAUGUGUAUGUUGGUGGAGCUCCAUAACCAGAGCCAGGACCGUUUCGUCUACACAUGCAAUGAGUGUAAACACCAUGUGGAAACGCGCUUCCACUGCACUGUUUGUGAGGACUAUGACUUGUGCAUCACCUGCUAUAACAUCAAAGGCCACGAACACAAAAUGGACAAGUUGGGUCUCGGGCUGGAUGACGACAGCAAUAACCAGACGGCGGCAGCUACCCAGAGUCCGGGAGAUUCUCGCCGCCUGAGCAUUCAGAGAUGCAUCCAGUCGCUGGUCCACGCGUGCCAAUGCCGCAACGCCAACUGCUCUCUGCCAUCUUGCCAGAAGAUGAAGCGUGUUGUUCAGCACACCAAAAGCUGCAAACGCAAGACGAAUGGCGGCUGUCCCAUUUGCAAACAGCUCAUUGCUCUGUGCUGCUACCACGCCAAACACUGUCAGGAAAACAAAUGUCCCGUGCCGUUCUGUCUCAACAUAAAGCAAAAACUCCGGCAACAGCAACUCCAACACCGGCUCCAACAGGCGCAAAUGUUGAGGAGGAGGAUGGCCAGCAUGCAGAGGGUGGGGCAGCCAGCUGGGGGUCAACCAGGAGGACCCGUUAUGGGGCUUCCAUCACCAGGCACAAACGGCAUCACUGCGCCUAGUACGCCAACAUCUGUUGGAACUCAACCUCCGACUCCUCAGACGCCGACUCCGACAAUGGCUUCGGUCCCGCAGCAAGGAUUGGGCCCCGGAAUUCAACAAGCUCCUCCGCCGGGCUGCGUCCCCGUGCAAGGUGGCAAGCCUCUUCAGCAGCAACAGCUUCACCAUCAGUUCCAGCAGAUGACAGGUGGAGGAGGCAACACAGGGGGUGUGAUGAACUCCCCUCAACAUCAGCACCAGAUGCUCCCACAGGUGCAACAGCAACAGAGUGGACCUGCAAACAACCAUCAACAACUCCAUCAACACCAGAACAAUGCGCCCGCGUUCACCGGCAGGCCCCCUGGUUCCUCUCCGAUCCAUCAAUCCCAAGGGAAACCGAUCCUUGGCUCGGCGACGCCUCCUCGACAACAAGCCGGUUGCCCUGUUAUGGCUGGGAAUGUCGGGGGCCAACCCCCCAACCCUUCCCAAGGCCAGCCCACUCUUCUGCAGCAGCCGCCUUCCGGGCCUCCGCCAGCUGCGGUUGAGAUCGCAAUGAAGAUCCAGAGGGUCGCCGACGCCCAGAGGAAGAUGGCGUUGCAGAGACAAGCGGCUGCGGGCCUGAUGCCUCCCCACCCCCACCAUCAACAGGGCCAAGGUCAACAAAUGACCAUGGGACACCCGGGGACCGGCGGGACGGUCGGACCUCAGGGCAUGCCACCGCAAAACCAAGCUGUGAUGCAGUCUGCUCGGGUCCACGUGGAACAACAACAGAACGCUCCGGCCGGGAUAAUGGUUGGCACUGGCGGGCACGUGCUGCAACAUCAACAACAGCAAGGCAACAUGCCACAAGGCCAGAUCCCAUCUCAGGUUCAACUCCAACAGCAGAGGAUGGGCGCUCCACUUCAAAAUCCGCAACAGCAGUGGUCAGGCCAGGGGAUGCCACCCCAGCAGAGGCAGGCCAUGAUGAACCAAAUAGGUCAUCAAGCUAUGAUGGUAGCGCAGCAGCAGCAGCAGCAACAACAAGCUUCGAGUCAUCCUGCGAUGAUGAACAUGUCGCAACAGCCGCCACCGCCACAAGCCGGUGUGGGUGGCAACAUCACACAGGCGGCCCUCCAGGAUCUUUUGCGCACUCUCCGCUCGCCCAGCUCGCCGCUCCAGCAGCAGCAAGUCCUCAACAUCCUGCGUUCCAACCCUCAACUAAUGGCUGCUUUUAUUAAACAAAGGGCCUCCAAGUACAAGGGGGGUCCCGGAGCCACCGGGGGGCCUGUUGGUAACGUCAUGGCGGGAGGGGGCCCGCAAAUGAACAUGAAUGCGGCAGGUGCGGGCCAGUCGGGGAUGCACAUGGGGGGUCAGGGUGGGGCGAACAUGCCUACAAUGGCUCAACUGCAGCAGGUACAGCAGCAACAGAUACAACAGCAGCAGCAAAUGCAACAACAGCAGCAUCAGUUGCAACAACAACAGCAGCAGUUGCAACAACAACAGAUGCAACAACAACAGCAGAGACCAGUCCUCGGUGGUUUACAACAGCAGCAGGUUGCAGCUCUCCAGCAGCAACAAGCUAGCGGAAGAGGUUUACAGGGCCAGGGACCCCAAAUGGCAAAUCUUAACAACCCCCAAUUUCGAGAACUACUCAUGAGGAGACGACAGCAGCAGCAGCAGCAACAACAACAACAACAACAAUCACAGCAACAACAACAUCAGCAGCAAAUGGGAGUUAAUCACAGUCAGUUCCAGCAACCGCAACCCCCGCAGGGUCAGGCUUACAUGGGCCAGACUGGGAUGCAGCCGCCAGUCGGGCAGGGCCCCCAAGGUGGCCCGCCCCUCGGUCCCCAGCAGUCGGGAGGUCCACCCGGCCAGCCGGGUCAGCCUUACCCGGCUUCAGCCCAGCAACAAGCCACGGCCGCGAUGCAGCAGAUGCUUCAGCACCAACACCACCUCCAGAUGCAGCAGCAGCAAAAUGCUAUGGCGGGCCUGCCGGGGGGCGAUUCAGGGCCCGGGGGCGGCGUAGGACCGCCGCAGCCACCUCAGGGUCCUCAAAACGGCCCCCCAUCUUCUCAGGCCCUCCUUCAGCAGGCCCUUCACCAGAGGCUUCUUCAACAACAGCAGCAACACCUCGCCACGGCGGGCUCUCCGGCUCAACACAGCAAUCCCAUGAGCCCCCAGCAGCCCCCCCAGAUGUCCCCGCACCCGCACCUACAGGGUCAGACGCUGCCCACGUCCCUGGCUAACCAGGUGCGCUCCCCUCAACCCUCACCUAGACCUCAGUCGCAACCGCCACACUCCAGCCCGUCGCCGCGCAUGCAGCCCCAGCCGUCCCCACACCACAUAUCCCCCCAGAUGCAGACGGGCUCCCCCCACCCGGCCCACUUGAACCAGCACCACCCCGGUAUGGUGGCCCCCCCUCCGCAGCAGCCUUCGUCCCAGCAACAGAACUCUUUGGAGCAAUUCGGCUCGGACCAGAGUGCCAUGUUAUCUCAGCUGAGUGGGAUGGCGGGUAUCCACGGGCAGGGGGGAAACAGUCAGGACCCACUGGGCCAGACCAUGAAUCACAACCCUUUAGACAUCAUGUAG